ACUACCUCUGCCUUAAACUUUUAACUGAGAUUUAAAAAUUUUAAACGAGGGUAUUUAAGCAUCCAUGUCAAUACCUUACUUAACUGAGCUAAGAUUUAAAAUUAAGAAAUAAAUAUUUUCGUCAAGGCAUUACAUUUUACAUGACGAACUUUUACUUAAGUGUCAAGUAAAUAAUUGUGUCAGGCAUAUAACAUUUCGGUGACUAGUUGGCUAUAUUCUGCAAGAAACCAUGACAACAUUAUCUUAGUGUCUCGUUUUCGUUGUUCAACGGACAAAAUGAUAUUUACUGGGAGCUCGUUUAUGCCAAAAAUGUUCAACAUAGUCUGUCUUGCUUUCUUUUUGGCUGCGCUUAGAACCACAGCUUCACUGUCGUGUUACACGUGUAGUGACGUAGAUAGUUUAGAGAACUGUCAAUCAAAUAUGACAUGCGGAAGUGGACAGUCAUGUUUCACACGAUCCGAAACAAUAGGACAAAAUCAGACAUUUACGAUGGGAUGUACAGACGAUGAGAAUUGUGACAAUAUACCUCCAACACUUUCGGCCGAACAGUGUUACGAGUGCUGCGGAACUGAAAAGUGUAACGAUCUCCUGUGUCAACAGGAAACACCUGUACCCUGCGUGGACACGUACGAAAACUGUGACAUGUUGGACUAUUUGUUUGACGUAUGUGAUGAUAUACAUGAUGCUAAAUUUGUCUGCUGAAAAUCCUGUGACCUGUGUUUGUUAGUUGAUGGUAACUGGGCUGACUGGUCCUCUUGGUCAUCGUGUGAUGUGACAUGUGGGUAAGGAAAACAUACAAGAACACGAACAUGUACCAAACCAGCACCUGCGUACUGGGGACUGGACUGCGAAGGAACGAUACUGAUAUAAAGCAAUGCGUCAGACCUUUAUGUCCCGAGCAUGGAGGCUGGACCGACUGGACAGACUGGGGAACAUGUUCAGUAACUUGCGGAAUAGGUGUACAGAAAAGGCACCGUACAUGUACCAAUCCAUCACCGUUAAGGUAUGGCGACCACUGUUUUGGGGACACAAUGGACGUAAACAUAUGUGUGAAAGAUCCAUGCGAAGCUGUAGACGGAGGAUGGACAGAAUGGGGUGGAUGGGGUAAUUGCAGUGCGUCUUGUGAUUGGGGUUUGCGUAAACGCUCAAGGUCGUGUACAAACCCUUGUCCGGAUCCAUAUGGAAAAUACUGCGACGGUGAUUCAAGUGAUGUGGAAAUAUGUUAUAGAAAAGCCUGUCAUAAGUAUAUAAGACCUGGACGUAUGUCGGCUUUAGGAAUUUUUCCGUAUACUGUUUCGGAUACAAGUGUUACAUUCAACGCCUACAAUAUCACAGACAUAACGCCAACACCAGCAUUAGGCGAAGCAGGAUUCACUGGAUGGAUCAUACCAGAAACUGACAGCGCAAAUGGUUCGGGAAAUAUUACGCUAUAUGAAAAUCAACCUGUAGGGGCCACAGACAUUAAGUUCAAAGUUAAAGAAGACCAAGACUCCGUAGGGUACAAGGUGGAAACAUUAACUGACGAUUUCUCUGUAUGGUCUAGAGGUAGACUGAUUCUGAAGACACCAUUAGACUACGAAGUUAUGAAAACCUAUGUUUUGGAGAUUAGCGCAACGACAAAUUCCAGCGAAAAUGGUUCUUCAGGGAGUUCCGCAACAGCCACCGUCACAGUGAACAUUAUUGACGUAAAUAAUCCACCGGCUUUUAAAUCCUCCUCCUACGGAAUCUGUGUUGCGGAUGGGUUGGAUUCAGGAACGGAUGUGAUUCAAGCGAAGGCUACUGGAGACUCUUCUCUGAUGUCAUAUUCGAUAGCAAAUGGUGAUGAUAACGGAUAUUUCGUUAUAGGCAACACGACUGGUAUGAUCAGUGUAGCUCCAAACAAAACCCUGGAUGCGUCUGUAACGAGAGGCUACGCUCUUCAGAUCAAAGUCAAGGACGAAGGUGAAGAUGAGUCACCGUAUGACGUCACAGCAACAACCUCAGUGUUUAUUGUCCUAGCGGAUAUGAAAUGUAGCAUAGCAAGCACAAUUAAUAUCGGUGUUAUGACUGUCCUUCUGACGCAAAUACUUAACUUUCUGUUUUGAUGAACGCGUAUUACAUUAAACGCCUUUUUUACCCUAUUUGAUAUUCAAAUGUAUAUGUGGAGUACUGAGUGCUCGGAAUCCAUUGCGUUGUUGUCAGUUUCUUAAAUCCAGACUACAUUUUUCUAUUCAACCGUUGAACAUUUUAGUGUUAUCUUCGAUAAAUGAUUUAUAGGACUUCACCUUUGGUUCAGUAACUGAAAACUCUACGU